AGAGGGAGGGAGGGAGAGAACGGCAGCGGCGGCGGCGCUGCUGCCGCCGCUUUCACUCGGUUUCCCCGCAAGCGAGAGAGGCUACCCCGGGCAGCAGCCUAGCUAAGCGCCGCCCGGGAGCCCGCCUUCCCCUGUGGAGAGGGGGCCGCUCGGCUGCUGGCAUGAUGGCAUUUGGACCGGCGGCGGGGCGCUGCUGAGAAAAAGCCCAGCCGGCGACCAAGAGAGUGAAGGAGUGAGUGAAGCCAAGGCAGAAGCCCCAAGCGCAGCGCGGCUCCCCAGGCCGGGCCGCCACCUCUUCCUCUUAGUCGCCCGCGGUCUUCUCGGGGGGCUUUCCCCGCCAGCCUCGCCUAACCAAAGCCGGGCCUGGCGUUCCCCGCAAGGCGUGCCUGCAGGCCCCGGGGAGGCCGCGGCGGAGCUUGGCAGACGCGCCUCUGCCCCGGCCACCUCGGGGUCCCGCGGACCGACGCCGGCUGGGGCCUCGGUGCGGCUUGGGGAGGGGGGGCGGCGGCGCGCGGCCGGCUCUAGGGAGUUGCCUCCCCCAAGCAGCAUGGAGAAGGACGGAGCGGGCAGGCCCUGAAGAGGCAGCCGGGGAGAGGGGGGCUCCUGAUUCUGCCAAGUCUUCUUCCUCCCCGCUUCCCACCCCCACCCCCCAGUUCCGCUGAUCUCACCCAAAUUGGGCCGACCGGAGCUUCCCCAGCCUGGGACCGCUGGAGGGACCCCGCAGCGCGGGGCCCACUUGGAGCGGAGCCUUGUUUUCUGUGGCAGUUCCCCCCCCCCCGCUUCGCAGCGUCUCCAGCGAAUUAAAGCCGGGACCAGGACGAGGGGCUUGCCCCCUGCUCUCCCAGCGAGUUCCUACGGCAGAGCAAAACAACCACCCGGUUUAGAAAGGGCCGGUGUCACACGGGGAUCCCCCACUGGCAAAGACUUGAGAGCUUUCCGCGGCGGCAGCGGCAGCAACAACCACAGAGAAGAUAAUAUGUGGGAGACUAUGGACUCCAUGCUUCCGACAUAGGAACAGGAACAAGUUGGGAAGCUUCACUUCAGAGAGAAUGCUGGGAAUUUGCAGAGGGCGACGGAAAUUCCUGGCUGCCUCUCUGACUUUGCUAUUCGUUCCUGCUAUAACCUGGAUUUACCUGUUUGCCGGGAGCUUUGAAGAUGGAAAGCCAGUGUCAUUGUCUCCAAUUGAAUCCCAGCCCCACAGCCCUCAUUACACAGCCACAAGUCAACGUGAAAGAGAAAACUUGGAAGUUCGCAUGCGAGAAGUGGAAGAGGAAAAUCGUGCACUACGCAAGCAGCUCAGUCUGGUCCAGAGCCGGGGCAUGUCUCACCGACGAGGCAAUCACUCAAAAACUUACUCCAUGGAGGAAGGGACUGGGGACAGUGAGAGCCUCCGGGCUGGCAUUGUGGCAGGGAACAGCUCUGAAUGUGGACAACAGCCAGCAGUGGAGAAGUGCGAGACAAUCCACGUCGCCAUUGUAUGUGCUGGAUACAACGCCAGUCGGGAUGUUGUCACUCUCGUCAAAUCAGUCUUAUUUCAUAGGCGGAACCCUCUUCACUUCCAUCUCAUUGCAGACGCCAUUGCCAAACAGAUCCUGGCAACUCUUUUCCAGACAUGGAUGGUCCCUGCAGUGCGCAUAAACUUCUAUGAUGCUGAUGAGCUGAAGUCUGAAGUGUCCUGGAUACCCAACAAACACUAUUCUGGCAUCUAUGGACUGAUGAAGCUGGUUCUCACAAAGACACUUCCCGCCAAUCUUGAGCGAGUCAUUGUCCUUGAUACUGACAUUACCUUUGCUACAGACAUUGCUGAGCUUUGGGCUGUCUUUCACAAGUUCAGAGGCCAGCAAGUUCUUGGUUUGGUAGAGAACCAGAGUGACUGGUACCUAGGAAACCUCUGGAAAAAUCACCGUCCCUGGCCAGCUCUUGGAAGAGGUUACAAUACAGGGGUUAUUCUGUUACUUCUGGAUAAAUUGCGCAAGAUGAAAUGGGAGCAGAUGUGGAGACUCACAGCUGAAAGAGAGCUAAUGAGCAUGCUCUCCACCUCUUUGGCUGACCAGGAUAUUUUCAAUGCAGUCAUCAAACAGAAUCCCUUUCUUGUCUAUCAGCUUCCCUGUUUCUGGAAUGUCCAAUUGUCAGACCACACCCGCUCUGAACAAUGUUACCGAGAUGUUUCUGACCUUAAGGUGAUACAUUGGAACUCACCCAAAAAGUUGAGAGUAAAGAACAAGCAUGUGGAGUUUUUCCGCAACCUCUAUCUGACAUUCCUAGAAUAUGAUGGGAACUUGCUGAGGCGAGAGCUUUUUGGAUGUCCCAGUGAAGCUGAUGUCAACAGUGAAAAUCUACAGAAACAACUAUCCGAGCUGGAUGAAGAUGACUUAUGUUAUGAGUUUCGGCGAGAGCGUUUCACUGUCCAUCGGACUCACCUAUACUUUCUACACUACGAGUAUGAGUUUGCUACAGAUAACACUGAUGUUACACUGGUGGCACAGCUCUCCAUGGACAGACUGCAGAUGCUUGAAGCCAUUUGUAAGCACUGGGAAGGGCCAAUCAGUCUGGCACUCUAUCUUUCCGAUGCAGAGGCCCAACAAUUUCUGCGCUAUGCUCAAGGUUCUGAGGUCCUCAUGAGCCGUCAUAAUGUUGGAUAUCACAUUGUAUAUAAAGAGGGACAAUUCUACCCUGUGAAUCUCCUGCGAAAUGUGGCUAUGAAACAUAUCAGCACUCCAUACAUGUUUCUGUCUGAUAUUGACUUCUUGCCUAUGUAUGGACUCUACGAGUACCUCAGGAAAUCUGUUGGCCAACUUGACUUAGCCAAUACAAGAAAAGCUCUAAUUGUACCUGCUUUUGAAACUCUCCGCUAUCGCCUCUCUUUUCCAAAGUCAAAGGCAGAGCUGUUAUCUAUGUUGGACAUGGGAACACUCUUCACAUUCAGGUAUCACGUAUGGACAAAAGGGCAUGCACCAACCAAUUUUGCCAAGUGGCGAACAGCCACCACACCAUAUCGAGUUGAAUGGGAAGCAGAUUUUGAGCCAUAUGUUGUGGUAAGGCAGGAUUGUCCAGAAUACGACCGAAGGUUUGUUGGAUUUGGUUGGAAUAAAGUUGCACACAUUAUGGAAUUGGAUGCACAGGAAUAUGAAUUCACAGUGCUUCCCAAUGCCUACAUGAUCCACAUGCCACAUGCGCCCAGCUUCGACAUCACCAAAUUCCGUUCCAACAAGCAGUACCGCAUUUGUCUCAAGACCCUCAAAGAAGAGUUCCAGCAGGAUAUGUCGCGCCGCUACGGCUUUGCUGCAUUGAAAUAUCUCACGGCUGAGAACAACAGCUAGCACCACCAAACUCUUAAUGGAAAGCAAACUGAAAAGAGGAGCCGUUUCAUCUGUGUGGACCCCGUUCUUAAAUUGUGGGACACCAUUGGUUGUUUUUGGUUUUGCUUUGUUUUUAAACCACAUCAAACAGUUCUAACGGUAGAGUUUUGGAACAAAAUGUCUCUGGAUGUUGCUCAAAAGCACCAGUCAUCCACCACCUACAAAACUUUGGCUUGAUUGACCAAGAGGUGGACACAAAAUGUAUGGGGUUGGGGACAGCACUACCCACAUCUGUUGGCAGCACACAGGGUGGCAGUAACUGUAAAACAGAUCUUGAUUCUUAAAAUUGCACACAGAUCUUCUUUGGAAUAUAGGCUUUCAUGUUACUAUUUAAUAAUAUCACAGUUUUUUAAAAAAAAUUGUAAAGGAAGAUCUUCUGAUUACUAUUCUGUGAAUUAAAUGAACAAAAACAGC